ACAGAUUCCAUUAGUUAGCACAGAUUACUUACUUUUUUUCAGAACAUUUUGUUUCAAAGCCAGAAAUAUCUAAGAAGUUUGUUUACAGACGAAUGCAGAUUCUGAUGAGAGAAUGGAAACUUACAAUGAGGAAAUAACUGAUGAAGAAGAAGAAAGUUUCCCAAGUGAGGAGCAAGAGCUUUGUUCUGAGGAAUCAAGCUAUAAAGGAUAUUUACAUUUUAUCCCAGCACGAUAUGUGUUUACCUGGAUGGGAUUUUGUGGAUUUUUUUACUUACAUGCCCUUCGAGUGACUUUAAACGUAGCUAUAGUGGCGAUGGUGAACAGCUCAAUAAGUGACAAAAAUGUCACCAUAAUUGACGAAUGUCCAUUUCCAAAAGUUGACAAUUCUACAGGUCUUAUCAAGGAAGGAGAGUUUGAUUGGGAUGAAACUCUCCAAGGAACCAUUCUUGGAUCAUUUUAUUAUACCUACGUAUUGACUCAACUUCUAGGAGGACGGAUGGCGGAGAUUUACAGUUCUAAAUGGGUGUAUGGAGUAACAAUAGUGGGCACAUCUGUGUUAUCUAUCUUGACUCCUCUACUUGCCAGGGUGCAUGUUGCAGCUUUGAUCGUGGUUCGAGUCUUAGAAGGAUUACUAGGGGGACCUAGCUAUCCUGCGAUGCACGUAAUGUUGGGACACUGGCUAACUCGAUCACAGAGGGGUUUGUUGUCUUCCAUGGUCUUCAUUGGUGGAGACAUAGGAACAGUGAUAUCAAUACUUAUAACAGGAAUGAUGUGUGAAACUGACUUUCUUGGUGGAUGGCCUGCUGGAUUUUAUUUAUUAGGUGCGGGAGGUAUCGUGUGGUUUAUAUUUUGGAUAUUUUUAGCAUUUGAUUCCCCAGAAGACCAUCCAAGAAUAUCCAAACAAGAACUUAUUUUCAUUCAGAAAGAUCAGAACAGAGCGCAUGGAAACAAAAAAGCGCCAGUUCCUUGGAAGAAUGUUUUGACAUCCAUUCCGAUCUGGAUGCUGAUCGCCACGCAUUUUGGACAAGACUUUGGUUUGAAUAUGCUCCUGACUGAACUUCCUACUUACAUGAAAAAUAUUCUCCAUUUCAACAUGGAAACGAACGGUUUGCUAUCGGCUCUUCCGUAUCUUUUUCGGGCAUCUGUUGCCUGGAUAGCUGGAAGUAUAGCAGACUUCAUGGUAAGGAAAAGAUAUCUCAGCAUCAGCGUCACUCGAAAAGUCUGCAACACAAUUGGUUCUAUGGGACCGGCGUUGUGUCUUAUCGGCGUUGUUUUGGCCGGUUGCAAUAAUAUCGUAAAUGUUACCCUGUUCACAUUAGCCAUGACAUUAAAUGGGUUUUCCUUCUCGGGAUACAUGGUGAACCAUUUGGAUUUGGCUCCUGACUUUGCUGGCACCUUAAUGGGUCUAACAAAUGGCCUGUCUCAGAUAAGUGGAUUCAUUGCUCCGGCUAUUGUUGGGACUCUAACCGAACAUAAACAAACACUCCACCAGUGGUCCAUCGUGUUUUUCUUAACUUCAGCAGUCUAUUUUGUAACAGGAGUUUUGUUUGCCACAUUUGGUUCAGCGGAGCUACAACCGUGGGGAGUUGCACAUCAUAGAAAAGAAACCACCAAAUCUCGCAAAAAAGGUGAAGAUGAUCCUCGUAGACUAGAAGACAACGUUCCUGUAUUUACCCUUUCCAGGACUAUAGAUAGUUAAAACAUAUAUUUAUUUAUAACUUUUCUCAUAGUAUCCAUGUCUAUUAAUGACUUGCAUAUUACAAUAAGAUACUAUCGCGGUCAAGACUUGAAUAAGAUUAAAUAUAAAAUAUUUACAUAAUAAGAAUGAUUCAUGAGAAAAUACAGUAUAAAAUCUCAUAUGCAUUAUGUAAAAACAGAUAUUAGAGGUUGUUCAAACGAUAUAAUGGUACAGGGUGACAGAGUAUAUUAAGCUUUUAUAAUGUCCAAAGUGAAGGAAUUCUAAGAUCAAGACCAUUUCAUCUGAUGCAUGUUUCACAUUGAUAGAAAAAAAGGUAAAUAUGAUUAAAUACUUACCGAGAUUGCUCUAAUGUUCUGUAACAAAAUAUAAAUAUCUAUUAAGUAGAUUUCCAGAAAACAAAUAUUUCUUGUAUCAUACCCAUAAUCAAUUAAAAUAUUAUAAUCUCCAUGAAUCAUGCUGUAUCUUUUAAUUGCUAGUGCCGUAUUAGUGCGAUAAUAUGUAAAUUCUAAUACACAAAGAAAAUGAUGUACGAUAGAGUGAUGAAUUAUAGCACGAUUUUCUAACUAAACAGAACUUAUAAAAUUAUCAGUUUAGCUCACUAUUGGUGGCUAAUUUCUAUAAAGAAACACCUACUGAAUGUGACUUCUUAUUUGCUAUUUCUUGUGAAUUUCUUAAAGUUAAUCAUUCAAAACAUCUUUCAGAGUACACAUGGCAUCCGUCACCAAUCCGGCUUUUUUUAGAGAUAAGAAGUUGUUUAGUCAAGUUG